GAAGGGGAGGAGGUGAGCGUGGUGUGGUGGUGGAGGCGGUGGGAGCUGCUGAAAGGAAAGGAGAGGCAAGUGUGGAUGUGUCUGUGAUAGCAAAUGAGAUGUGAGCAGGGAAAGGAAGGAGAGUCUUUCUCUGCUGCUUCUGCUGCUGCUUCCUUCCAAGAACUAGCUUUCUGAAAAAGAGAGGGACAGAGCAAGAGAGAUAAGGAAGGGAAGAGAGAAUAAAGGCAGGGACUGUUCUGCCAUCAUCUCCUUAGUACUGAAUGUUCCUGAGCUUCGUCUGGGCCACAGAACCAACACCCCCUUUGCCUCCUUCUGUCUAUCAACUCCAGGCAUUAGCCAGAGACAGAUGUGUGUGCAGCAAGGCAGCAAGAUAAUAGACAAAUAACGCUGGCUCUGGGAGAAGAGAGGAGAGUCCAAGGGUGAAACCUUAAGAGGCAGCUUUGACAAUGAAAGCAAGAGAAAGAAUAAAUCACCUAUGGAGAAAGAAAAGGAGGAGCUCUGAACAGACAAAGUAAUGCUGCUUGACUCAUUAUGACCUUUUCAGCUGAGGAACCCUCCUACUGCAGCACAACACAUUCUCUUAGCAACUGUAGAAGCAUCUAAGGGUGGCAGGGCAAGGGGCUGCUUGCUGUCUGUCUUACCCUUCUCUGUACUUUGUCCAUGUUGAGUUCCAAAUGUGUCCUGUAAAGGCUUUGACUUUGCAUGGAAGUUGGACUUGGCAGUUAAAAAUGAGACACUUCCAACUGAACUUGCUUCUCAUCUGUAUGGCAACCACUGCUGCAAUUCCUGUUGUGCCCUGGAAGGUCAGAUGCCCACUGCAGUGCGCCUGCCAGAUCAGGCCAUGGUACACACCCAGGUCUGCAUACAGAGAAGCAACCACAGUUGACUGUAAUGAUUUGUUCAUCUCCACAGUGCCUGAAAACUUGCCAGAGGGGACACAAAUCCUUCUCUUGCAAAGCAACAAUAUUGUCAGGGUUGAGCAAAGUGAGUUGGAUUAUCUGAGAAACCUGACAGAGCUAGAUCUGUCACAAAACAGCUUCUCUGACAUUUUGGAUUUCAGCCUGAAGAACAUGCCUCAGCUGCUGAGUCUUCACCUGGAAGAGAAUCAGCUGACUGAACUGCCUGAUAACAGCUUCACAGGCCUGGCCAAUCUCCAAGAGCUUUAUCUUAACCACAAUCAAAUACGUAGGAUCUCACCUCAAGCUUUUGCAGGCCUUGUAAACCUGCUUCGACUCCAUCUGAACUCCAAUUUCUUAAGAACAGUUGACAACCGCUGGUUUCAAUUUCUGCCCAGUCUGGAGAUUCUCAUGAUUGGAGGCAACAAAGUGGAUGCCAUUUUGGAUAUGAAUUUCCGAUCUCUAUCAAAUCUGAGGAGCCUUGUUCUGGCUGGAAUGUACCUUAAGGAGAUUUCAGAUUAUGCAUUAGUAGGCCUAAAAAGUCUGGAGAGCUUGUCUUUCUAUGACAACAAGCUGGUCAAUGUCCCUAAGCGAGCACUGCAGCAGGUUCCUGGUCUUAAAUUCUUGGAUCUUAACAAAAACCCACUUCAGAGGAUUAAGCAAAGUGACUUCACCAACAUGUUGCACCUCAAGGAAUUGGGACUCAAUAAUAUGGAGGAGCUGGUUUCCAUUGACAAGUUUGCCUUGAUCAACCUGCCUGAAUUGACAAAACUGGAUGUGACCAAUAAUCCUAAACUGUCUUAUAUCCACUCCAGUGCUUUCCACCACCUGCCCCAGAUGGAGACCCUUAUGCUCAACAAUAAUGCCCUCAGUGCUUUACAUAAGCAGACACUAGAAUCCCUCCCCAAUCUGCAGGAAAUCAGCAUUCACAGCAAUCCAAUCCGCUGUGACUGUGUCAUCCGUUGGGUCAAUAGUACUGAAAAUCGCAUAAGAUUCAUUGAGCCACAAUCUACAUUAUGCGCUGAACCUCCAGAUCUAAAGACAAAGCAUAUCCGGGAUGUCCCUUUCAGGGAAAUGGCUGAUAGGUGUCUGCCCCUCAUCUCUGACAAAAGUUUUCCUUCUCAUUUAGAGGUAAUGGAUGGUGAUGAUCUGUCUCUCCACUGCAGGGCUCUAGCUGAACCAGAACCAGAAAUAUAUUGGGUCACCCCAUCAGGCUUCAAGCUGAUGCCCUAUUCAGAAGAUGGCAAAUAUAGAGUGUACCCUGAGGGAACAUUGGAGAUCCACAAAAUUACAGUGCAAGAGGCUGGGCUCUACACGUGUAUGGCUCAAAAUCUCAUAGGUGCUGACACCAAGAGCAUCAGCCUAAUGGUCAACAAUUCUUUUCCUGUCAGUGAGGACAGGCUUGAGCUGUUAGUGAAGGAAGUCCAGGCCUACCACAUUCUGGUUACCUGGAGACCUCAUCUCAACACAGUUUCUUCUAACCUCACAUGGUCCAGCUUUGAUCCUAGUUUGGACAUGACAAAUGUGGCCCGGAUUCCCACAGGCACUCAUAUGUACAACAUCACACGGCUGCACCACAGUACAGAAUACUGGGCUUGCCUUCACGUAGCUUUUGUAGACUUGCAAAGCAAGGUAGCCUGUGUCAAUGCCAGGACUAAAGAGGUACCAUACCAGCACUUGGAAAGGAGGCAGGGUGUUCUAAUAGUCCUGUCUCUUUGUCUUUUGCUGCUGACUGUUAGCCUUAUAGGCAACUAUGGCUUGGGCUCUUUCAAGCCACAAGGUGGGAGCCAGGGGCCCUGCAAAUCAUGGAAAACAAGCUCAUCCUCAGUUCGGGUUGUGUAUCCAACUUAUCUCAAACACUGGGAUCAAGGAAGAAAGGGUGAGACUCUCUUAGCUGUGGAAGUACAAGCAACACCACUGGACUCUUGAAACGUGUUGGUUGAUAUUUCCCCCCAGGAGAGUGGACAAGAUCUGGAGGAUUUUUUAAAAAAAAAUACCAAAUAUAAAGGGGGGAACAUGGUCAACCACAAAAAAAAAACAUGGAGGAUGCAGACUACAAAGGCCUAGUGUAUCUCUUAUCCACCCAAAUCACCAGUUUGGCCAAACAUUAUCCUUUAUGCCAAGAAAGACAAUCCAUUUUUAUGAAAAGGAAGUUCUUACAAAAACAGGCAGCAUCCCAAGUAGAUAGCAUGAGCGGAGAGCUCCAAGCCUUGUAUCUCAAAGUCCUUCUCCUCAUACUCAACCCAUGGAUCCUGUGGCAACAUUCUGUUACAAAUAUACAUUUUGCUCAGCAAACGUCUGGUCCUUUGGAAAUACAAAAAGGCCUUCCCUCUGGGGGUUUCUUUGUGUGUACAUGUGUAUUGCCAUCAAGAUCUUAAACCGAACCCAGUCUGCUUCUUCUGGCAAACUGUGUGGUUUUCUUCCUGAGGACCACCUCAAAAGAGGCAUAUCUGAAGGGAAGGCAAUCUUAUCAGACUCGGGAAUCAAAUAGCAGUGAUCCUCAAACCAAGGAAUGCAUCUUUGAUUCAAUUAGCAACAUCAAUUAGCAGACAUGGAUUGGAUUUCAACCCAGAAGCUUAAUUUCAAGGCUAUUUUGUAAACUUUUGUGAAUAAUGUUUAAAAAUGAGGAGGGAGGUGAAGAAAAACCUGCUUUUCUGUUGUUGUUUUUUGUAAAAAAAAAUGAAAGAAAGUAAGUAAGAAAGAAAAAAACCAUAGCAAGAAAGCUUUAUGCUAGGUCAGCAUUGCUUCAGCUAGAUGGUGGCUGUGGGGGGAGGAUAUGGGGGGAUCAUCUUUGAUGCAAGAAAGUUUCAAAGAAUACAGAUUUCUUUGGUUGGAAGUGGCUGAUCUCCAUACUGCAUAAAUCAAAUCAUCCCGGGAGACCAAACCAAGUGGAGUGGGCCAAGGGUUGAGGAAAGGGGGAAGAGGAUAAAUAUUCCAUUUUCUAACUCUGUCAUCGCCUCUUUGUCUCUGAUAAGCCAAUUAAAACUGCAAAUGAAUUA